AUGGGACGGUCAUUGGUAAUGAUGCUUCUACUAAGCCUGAUGCACGCAUCACCUGCAAAUAUAAGUGAUAAAGCGGAGUGCGAAAAGGAAUGUGACAAGAAAUGUCCUAUCUUAUUUCGCCCUAGGCCAGGAAUAAUGUGGGGGCCAUAUCACAAUUACAAGGCGAAGAAUGAAUGCAACAUACGCUGUGUGCAACGCCGGAAAAGGCAAGCGAUACUUCAAGAACAUACGAGAAAUCCAGAUUCCGAAUACAAACAUCCAAGAGCAAUUCGAAAUGUGACGACAUCGAUAGCGAAAUUAGGGCAAGUGUGUAUGCCAUUUAUGCGAUGUCAAAAAACAUUGCCAACCAAUGCAAACUAG